AUGCCUUCGCUCAAAACACUUGCUUUUGCAUCCAUAAGCCUCAGUGCUGUAGAGGUGGCUGCGUCGACUUUCUCUCUUGCUGCUGAGCCAAUUCCGGGCAAGGUGAAUGAGUUUGUGGUCGAAGUCGAACUUGGUACUCCACCCCAGAAGUUGCCUCUUGUGCCUGAUACUGGUUCCACCGACUUUUGGGUGUACAGUACGGAUACUGAAUCGAGCUGGAACAAUCAUAAGCUGUGGGAUAUACCGAAGAGCACGACUGCCCGUAAUCUUACUGGAUACACGUGGAAGAUUACGUACGGAACAGGUUAUGCCGACGGUACCAACAUCUACGAGGACGUUGUGACACUCGGGGGUGUACCUUUUCCUAAUCAGGCUAUCGAAUCGGCUUCUCGGACCGAUUAUAAGGUUGAUCCGAAAAUUUCUGGCAUCUUCGGACUGGAGUUUCGUCCCGACCAGACUGGUGUUAACCAAGCGGGAGAGCAUGUGAAAACAUGGUCCAGUACUCACAUUAAGUCUUUGGACCAGCCGUUAUUUACGUCCCACUUCAAGUUUAACGGCGGAGGUUCUCUUGAUUUUGGGUUCAUCGACAACACUAAAUACACUGGAAGCAUCACGUAUACGCCCGUCACUCACGAUCAACACUGGAUGUUCAACAGCACUGGGUACAAAAUUGGGGAUGACCCAGUUCAGGUGGAAGAACUUCAAGCCGUAGCUGACACGGGCACAUCUGGGAUAUUUGUUCCUGAAAAUGUUGCGAGGGCCUAUUACAGGAAGGUGCCAACCAGUACUGGCGGUGGCAAUUUUCAAUACGUGUUUAAAUGUGGCAACCCGCUGCCCGACUUCUCAUUCAACGUUGAGAACACCGUCAUCACUAUUCCCGGAAAGUACCUAGACCUUGGUCCCACUGGUCUACCUCAGAACGGGUUUUGCCUUUCUGCAAUUCAACGCGGCAAAACAACAAUUUUUGGAACUCCCGCCCUUCAAGCAGCCUUUGUUGUAUAUGACGUUGGUAAUCGUCGCCUCGGGUUCGCUUCGCCUGCGUGA